UUCUUCUCCUGAAGAAGAAAGGGCCGCAGGAGGAAAGUCUUAGCCAUGUCAUCCUUGAUCAUAAGGGUGAUCAGCACCGCGAAAGCCCCAGGGGCCAUUGGACCCUACAGCCAAGCUGUGUUAGUCGACAGGACCGUUUACAUUUCAGGACAGAUAGGCAUGGACCCUUCAAGUGGCCAGCUUGUGUCAGGAGGGGUGGCAGAAGAAGCUAAGCAAGCUCUUAGAAACAUGAGUGAAAUUCUGAAAGCUGCAAGCUGUGACUUCACUAAUGUGGUGAAAACAACUGUUCUUCUGGCUGACAUAAAUGACUUCAAUACUGUCAAUGAAAUCUACAAACAGUAUUUCAAGAGGAAUUUUCCUGCUAGAGCUGCUUACCAAGUUGCUGCUUUGCCCAAAGGUGCCCGAAUUGAAAUUGAAGCAGUAGCUGUCCAAGGACCUCUGACAACAGCAUCACUAUAAGUAGGCGCAGUGCUGUGUAGUCUGGAAUUUUUAACAUUUUAAUUUUUACAAUUGAUAUAACAUCUUAAUUAACAUUUUAAUUUUCCCAAUAUUGAUGACAGUGUGAAUUUGAUGAAAAUAUCUGAUGUUAUUAUGGAAAUACCAUGUAAUAGGGAGAGUUGAACAUGAACUGAAGAUUAGAGAAAGAAUCCAGUUACUGUUUUAAAUUACACCUGUGUGCACCUGUAUUUCUGAAUACAGGAAAGAGAUACUCAUUACAUAGUUACUCAAUAAAUAAAAGAGAAAUAACAAGCAGGGAAGAAGACUUAUUAUUCCUGAGAAAUAAUCAAGAACAUGUCCAAUUCAAACUAAUGAUGUGA